AAUUGUGGUCGCAUUAACCAGUUUGACCAUUGGUUAAAAUUCUUUUUAUUCUGUUCUUCCAGGUGCAUGAAUUCACUUUCAAUAUUAAACUUGAUAUUUUUCAAAUAUUUUACUUACCAAAGGCAUCAGAAAAUGGUUAACGAUUAUCUACAAUAUUAUGGAGGAUCUAUUAAACAUUUCAAACGUGAUACGUGGGUGGUGUUAAAAUUAUAUUUUCGGUUUGUUUGGGAAGAGAAAGAUAACCCCGAAACAUGGGAGGAAAAAUUAGCCAAACAUUAUUGGGAUCGCUUGUACAAGGAGUAUGCAGUAGCUGAUUUGAGUAGAUAUAAGGAAAAGAAACUUGGUCUUCGCUGGCGUUCGGAAAAAGAAGUUAUUUCGGGCAAGGGACAAUUUAAAUGCGGAGCGGUGGAUUGUAACUCUGUCGAGUUUCUACGAUCCUGGGAGGUGGAUUUUGCUUACAGAGAAAGAGGGUUAAAACGAAAUGUUUUGGUGAAGGUACGCCUCUGUCCAAUGUGUUCUGCGAAGCUCAAUUACCAUAAACGGCAUUCCGAGUUCCUUUCACAACCCCAGAUCAGGAAGGAGGAAAGUGAUUCGAAAGCUGGAAAGAAGGCUGAAGAACCUGACAAACCCCCAAAGCAGGCUGCUGGUAGUGAGGUAUGGAAGGAAUCUUCUUCUGUCCAGAAAGAUGACUCUUCCAGGAGAACUUUAGAAGAUGAGUUUGACGAUUAUCUGAGAAGCAUGUUUAUGUGA